AUGGCUUCUUCUUCUUCCUCCUCCGUCUUCGACAUCCGCGAGCACACCGUCCAGGCAUCCCACAUCCGGGAAUACCCUCGCGCAACCGCAGUCUCGCAAGACGAGCCGUUUCUGCUCAGCGUAAAGCAAUACACUCCACGGCAUGGCGGCCCUCCGCGCAGAGGCGACAUCACCAUCGUGGGAUCUCAUGCAAAUGGCUUUCCAAAGGAACUUUACGAACCUCUCUACGAGGAGUUCUUGAAAGAAUUGGAAAAGCAGGGUCUCCGGUUGCGUGCCAUCUGGAUCACUGAUACCGCUCACCAAGGCCAAAGCGGCAUCCUCAACGUGGCCAACCUGGGCAAUGACCCCAGCUGGCUCGACUACGCCCGCGACAUCCUCCACGUCAUCAACACCUUCCGCAUGCCCCGUCCCAUCAUCGCCAUGGGCCACUCCUUUGGCGCAAACGCCCUCACAGACGUCGCCCUCAUGCACCCGCGCCUCUUCGCCGGCAUCGUCAUGCUCGACCCCGCCUCCGCCCGCUUCACCGCCCCCAAGAAGCUCAACAGCUCGCCCGAGAGGUACAGCGGGCCGGCUUCCCUCAGCGCCAUCCGCCGCGAAGUCUGGCCGUCCCGCGCCGCCGCCGCCGCCGCGUUCCGCUCGAAGCCGUUCUACCAGGCCUGGGAUCCUCGUGUGCUUGAUCUCUUCAUCCGCUACGGCCUGCGCGACGUCUCGGCUCCGUCUACUCCGAAACAGGACGAAUCCCAGACCCCUGUCCGUCUUACCACAACCAAGCACCAGGAGGUCUUCACCUUUAUCCGUCCCCUUUGGCCGGCCAUCGACCCCGUCAGCAAACUCAUCGCUCACCCUUCCCGCGUCCCUGAUCACGACUUCGAUCCAGGCACUCCCCCCAUCUUCCCCUUCUACCGCUCCGAGGGCAACAACACCACAUCCCGCCUCCCCCAUCUCCGGCCCCCAGUGCUCUACGUCUUCGGCGCCACAAGCGACGUCUCCCCCCCUCAUCUCAUCCGCGAGAAGCUCGAAAAGACGGGCACCGGCGUCGGAGGCAGCGGAGGCGUCAAAGCCGGCCGCGUAAAGGAGGUCACGCACCCCAAGAGCGGCCACCUCGUGCCUCUAGAGGAGCCCGCCUUCUGCGCAAAGGCUGCAGCCGAGUGGACCAAGGCAGAGAUGGACAGGUGGUGGGAGGAGGAGAAAGAGUAUGAGGAGUGGGCGAAGAAGCCAUUGGAAGAGAAAUCGACGUUGGACGAUGAGUUUAUGAAGCGCAUUGUGCCGAAUCGUAAGAUCGACAAGACGAAAGCGAACUUGUAG